AUUACUGUUCCAAAUUGAUCAAACAACAACUCGACAACAGCAAACAACAAUGGAAGCGCCUCAGAGAAAGUCGAUGUUAAAUUUCGUGGAGGGAAAUCGGGUUUCGGACAUUUGCAGAUUGGUUUACUGUGCGAAAAUGAAAAGCCAGUUUAGUGAGAAUGUUUUGAAGUCAUUGAAUACAUCGACGAAAGAGUACAAUAUUUCUUCAGAUUUCAUUACGGGUUUACUUCUGGUCUACCCAAAUUGUAUGGUGCAUUUAAUCGAAGCACCAGAAGAGGAAAUUUUCCAACUUUGUCGACACCUAUUUAUAACAUGUUCACAUUUGAUUGGACAAACUAAAUGUUUUCCUAUACAAGUUGAAGUUGUGGGAAGAUUUUUUGACAAAUGGUACGCUAGAAAGGCUUCCCAAUCUCAGGUGAAUUGGGCAGAAGUUCCAGAAGGAGAAAAGGGUCGCGUUUGCCUUGAAGACCAUUUUGAAAAUGCUUCAAAAAUUUAUGAAACGACGCUAAUCAACUUAUACAAAUUUUACAAAGAGCUCAGACUUCUCAGCAAUAAAAAUCAUACGAUGAUGGUCGAGCAACUUGAGGCUCUCAACGAGGAUGGACAUCCUUUGCUUCCUGAUGGAGCAACGAUGGAUUUCAUUCUGAAUAGUUCUUGGGGUCAAAGUUUGGAAGAAAUAACUAAUCGAUUUCUAUAUCCAGUUUCUAUAGAUCCUAACACUGCUUGGCCAUUUCCGAAAGUAACCGUUCCCAGAAUUAAUUUCCAUAAAAUUGAUGAAAUCAAGGAUUCGUCGGACAAAAAUGGCGCCAAUAGUUAAU